GAGGAAGAGGCAGAAGAAGGAGAGAAGCGAGUGCGUGAAUGAGAACUGUGUUGUGUCCUCGAGCGGAAGCGACAGAAGUGUGCACUAAACCCAGAGCCGCAGCUCGAUGGGGACAUGAAGUCGCUCCGCUGCUUCUGCGUCUGUUCUCUGCUUCUGCUGAAAGUGUCCACGGGAUUUGGAGAUCUGAGGCGUCCUGAGAACGUCAGCAUGGACUCACUCAACACCCGUUAUGUGCUGCGGUGGGACUGGCCUCAUGAGACCGCCAUCAACCAGACCGUCACCUUCACUGCACAGUAUAUACUGGAGUAUCAGUCCCGGAAGGCCAGUAAUGAGAAGAAAUGGAGAUUGGUGUGUGUCAAUGUUUUGGAGCAUCACUGUGAUUUCACUGGAGCUAUACUGCAUUACAAAAUCUCUUUUCUGCUGCGUGUGCGGGCCAACACAAAACAGCAGUCCUCCAGCUGGGUCCAGAUCAGUUUCUGUCCUGAGGAUCAUGCUGCUUUAGGUCCUCCCUCCAGCGUGAAGCUGAGCCCGGUUAAAGGAGAUCUAGAGAUCAUCAUCACCGAUCCUCUGAGCAGCACUAACCAGUCCAUGAAAACUUUGCUAGAAGACAAGUUGAGCUACCUCAUCCAGUACUGGAGACGCUCUGAAGAGCCUCAGAAGGCUAAAGUUCUGGAGACGAAGAACAAUCUGGUAAUGUUGACUGAGCUGUACAGACAGACGUGGUACUGUGUGAGAGUUCAGAGCCGUGAUGUCUUGCAUAACAAGAGCAGUGUCUUCAGCGACACACAGUGCACACACACUGAAGGUCAGAUGCCGUACUGGGAGACAUUUCUGUACGUCCUGAUCGGUCUGCUGUUGUUCUUCCUGCUGUUGUACUUCUGCUUUUACAAGAUGUUCACGCUCCUCAAGAACACCUUCUACCCAGCCAUUCAACUCCCGGAUCACAUUCAGGAGCUGUUGUUCAGUGAGUCCGAGAAGCCGCAGCUGCUGUCUCCAGAGUGUCCAGUGUCUGUGUGUGUGCCGCUGGUCUUGGUCAGGACUGAGCUGGACGCUGUGGCAGUGAAUGAGGAAUCAAACGCUGGAGAACAGGACUCCAGUACACACAGCCGACACAGCAGUGGAGACUCAGGCGUUUACUCCACAGAGGAGGACUCCAGUCACAGAUCCACCACACACACUGACCUUCAGAUGAGCAGCCAAAAGCACAGAGAAAAGCUGCAUGAUGGGACGCUGCUGGAGCUCUGUGCUUGAGACAACAGGACUCUCUUCCUGUUCUCUCUUCCAACAUCUGUCCACUUAUUGUGUACAUUUAGCCAUAUUUGUCAUAUCUGUGUGUUAACACAGAUAUUUCUUAUGAUUCUUAUAGAAUCUUAAUUCAUUAUUGUCAUUUGAUGUCUUUCUUCGUUAGCUUUAACAACAGCAGGGUUUAAAAGAGAAUUAACUGUCAUCCGUUAGUUGACCGUUUCGUUUGAUUAUUUCCUCAAUCUCCUCUCCAUGUAAGAUUCAACAAAGAGAACAAAAACAAAUUGUGAACCCUUUUGAGCCAAAGACCACGAUAAAACAAACAACAUUAAGUUAGUUUGAAUUGCAUUGAGGCAUUUUUCCAAUUUGCCCUUUUUUACUAAAUGCACACAAAAUUCAAACAAUUUGACCAGUAACAACAAACUAGUCAAAAUCAGAGCUUUAUUGCCAAGAAUACUUGCGCAUACAAGGAAUUUGUUUUAGUGACAUAAGCUAAAACAAUUCAUGAUUCUAGUACACAGAGACAACAACACACGCACAAACACAAAUAAGUGUAUAAACAA